GCUGCGAGAAGGAGGAGGAGGAGGGGGAGCAGUGCUGACAGCGGCUCUGGUUCCUUUACACUUCGGCUUUUUCUCACGUUCUGGGGAAACUUGUCUCUGAAACUCCGAGCUCAGACCGUGGACUGGCGGUGGGGGAGCUGCAGUUUGCGGGGUCGCGUUUUACGAAGGAGUCGCCGGGAAUGGGCUGUCAGCUGUUGGGAUACCCCGGGGCAAGAUUCCACCGCUGAUACAAGGAUUUCCCUUCCCAGGGCAGGAUUCCCCCAACUGAUCCCAGGAAUCCUUUCUCUGAUCCUUCAACAUUCCCUUCCCAGGGCAGGAUUUAUACUGGAUCAGUAGUGUAACCCCCAGCUGAUCUCUCUGCAGGAUUCUGCACCAACAAUCUCCAGGGAAGGAGUGACGCCGCCGCGCUGCACAAAGGGAUUCAUCUGGAAUGAAGACUUGACAGCCUAAAACAUGGACGAAGAGGAAGCCCUCCAGCUCAUCAUGAAGGAUCUGGCAGCGCUGGGCAAGUGCGGGGGAUUGUUGGACGGCCAUCACAAAAAGAACUUCAAGCAGGAUGCCAGAAUAAAAUUUGAAUACAACGGAGAGAAAAGGAUUAUUGAGUUCCGAAGGCCAAUCAAACUGAAGGAUGUUCAGCAGAAAGUCACAGAUGCCUUUGGACAAACGAUGGAUUUACAUUAUACAAAUGAUGAGCUCCUGAUCCCUCUCGUGUGCCAGGAGGACAUGGACAGAGCUUUGGAAUACUUGGACGCCUGCCCAGCUCUGAAGAGCCUAAGGAUCCUUGUAAAAGCACCAAAGAAAAUCAUAGUAAGCAGAGCUCCCGAGGCAGCAAUGAGGUAUCUGCAGCCCGUGUGCCCCAAACCCCAUGAUAUGAGAAUAUCCAAGUCUAUGGGAGAUAUUCUGGGUUCCCUGUACAAAGAUUCUGGCAAGGCACGGAAAUAUUCAACAGGUUCCUUGCACACAGGCCGCAGUUCUCCCCCGCCGGGAAGCGUUCCUGAUGAACAGCAGCAAAUCGCACGGCAGGGAUCGUACACUAGUAUUAAUAGUGAAGGGGAAUUCAUUCCUGAGGUAAUUGACCCUUUCAUAAGCCCUAACGAAUCCCUCUCCAGCAGCUGCCAGUCAUUGGAUCGAUCCUUGGAAAGCCCUGCUUUUUCCACUCCAGUCCCAAGAGGAAAAGGCCAACUGAAUGACAGUUUGGAUUGUUUAGAUUUUGAAAUUCCGUUCUAUGAGAGGUUUGGAAAAGGAGGAACCUUUCCCCGGCAAUAUCACUUUUCCCGAAAAGACUACAACGAUGGUCGGAGAACUUUCCCUAGAAGUUACAUCCCACCAGAGAAUAUUUUCCCACUCGGCACCAACCACAGAACGAGAAGUAUGAAUGGGGAGAGUGGGUUAGUCACUAUGUCCAGCGAUGAGCAAAGGAAGAAGCGGUGGACCAGUUCGGAGAAAGGCUUACCCUUCUUCAGUUCCACAUCCCAGGAACAGAACAACAAGUCUCCUCAGGCACCUGAAAACUGGAGACUGGGGAAGCUUCUUGGCCGAGGAGCAUUUGGGGAGGUCUAUCUUUGCUACGAUGUGGACACGGGACGAGAACUAGCUGUAAAGCAGGUGCCAUUUGAUCCAGAUAGUCAAGAAACAAGCAAAGAGGUGAAUGCAUUGGAAUGUGAGAUUCAGCUGCUAAAGCUUCACCGGCACGAUAGGAUAGUUCAGUAUUAUGGCUGCCUGAGGGACCCAACGGAGAAAAAACUGUCCAUCUUUGUGGAGUACAUGCCAGGGGGUUCUAUUAAAGACCAGCUGAAAGCCUACGGCGCGCUGACGGAAAAUGUCACCCGUCGGUACACGAGACAGAUACUGCAGGGGGUGUCCUACUUGCACGGCAAUAUGAUUGUACAUAGAGACAUUAAAGGUGCCAACAUUCUGAGAGACUCAGCUGGGAACGUGAAACUCGGAGACUUCGGGGCCAGCAAACGCAUCCAAACCAUCUGCAUGUCUGGGACCGGCAUUAAGUCUGUAACCGGGACUCCAUACUGGAUGAGUCCGGAGGUGAUCAGCGGAGAGGGAUACGGGAGAAAAGCGGAUGUGUGGAGUGUGGCAUGCACGGUGGUGGAGAUGCUGACUGAAAAACCUCCUUGGUCGGAGUACGAAGCCAUGGCUGCCAUCUUUAAAAUUGCCACUCAGCCCACCAAGCCCCGUCUCCCGGAUAACGUUUCCGACGCCUGCAGGGACUUCAUGAAGCAGAUAUUUGUGGAAGAGAAACGUAGGCCGACGGCAGAAGAACUGUUGAGGCACCCGUUUGUCAGCCAUAGCCUCUAAGUUCUCUCAGUGAGGAAAAGAACAAAAUGGAGAUGGUGUGAAUGUUUCUAUGGAGAACAAUAAGGUGUCUUCCUACUGGGGGUUUUCCUGAGGUAACCAAAUAGUUCUGCUCUGGUGAGUUGGUAGAGUUUAGUAGGUGGUGAAUGUUAAAUCAACUGGCAGCCUUGGAUCCGCCGAUCUAUGUGAAGAAGGAGCGCGGGUCUGGUGGCGAAUGUUGCUUAUGUGGAUGCGAUGUGAGUGGAUGCUGAGCCGGCUUCCAGUUUUACUUACAAAGUGAAUGCAUUGUGCCAGGUGUUGUAACCUACAAGGAUCUCUCAUCCGAGAUGCUCUGUGUUCCUGUCGGCGGAAUCAGACUGUCGGUUGAAUCGGACUGUCGGCUGUCCCUGUUGGCUGAAUCGGACUGCAAGUGUUCUGGAGGAAAACAAAAGAAAAAUUGCAAUAUAGUAUUUCCGAAUAAUGGUGCAUUGUUCUACAGGCUGCCCCCAGCUGCCCCAGACAUCAGUUGGAGACUUGCCAUGGUUUCUUCACUGGCUUAUUUUAUAUGUGGCUUGAAUAUAAUUCAUAGCUCUGUUAAAGGGGAAAUUUACAUUGAAAUUAACGCAGUAAGAUCAUCUUUUCUGGUAACUGUUGCCAAACAGGUGGAUCUUUGCCUAAUUUGCACUUCAGGUUGCUGGGUCAAGCUUCCAGGCCAAUGAUCUGCUCAUUGCUCAUCAACAGAACCAGUGGCUUAUGUCCCCUACCCUCCCUCGGUCUGCUUUCCCCACCAGCCUGUGCCACUGCCUAGGGUCUCUGUGUCCCUGGCAGGUCCUAUAGGGGAAAAGGCUCAGGUGCCGUUGCACCCCUGGUAGUUGUGUUAGCAAACGCAAAAAUGUAAUCCUUAUCCAACUGGAUUCUAAGCUGCCCGAUAUCUUUCUAAAAAUGGGUCAGGCAAGACCAACACAUGGGCCAAUAAUCUUCUGAUUCAAUCUGGACCAGCCAGGUCUACAGCUUUUAUCAGUUCGUGUAUGGCUACCAUAAGACAGCCUGCCAUUGGCCUUAUUUGUGUUUUAAGGAAAGGCAAACAUUUCAGGAAAAAAAAGUAAUAACGCUGGCCAUACAUAUGCGAUUUUUCAGACAGGCCGAUCUACAUCUGGCCGACUUUUGGCCAGUGAGACACUGGAAUAUGAAUAGGGAGGACCAGAAUAGAAAGAUGAGUAAGAAAAAGUAGCAAUAAAAUUAAAUGUGUAGCCUUACUGAGUAUUUGUUUUUAGGUGGGGUCAGUGACCCCCUUUUGGAAGCUGGAAAGAGUCAGAAGAAGGCAAACAAUUCAUAAACUAUAAAAAAAAAAAAAAAAA